UCGUUUUUUAGAAAUUGAAUAAAGUGACGGCAUUGGUGUUUAUGAUGAGUCAACUGUCUUUCUUUCAUCAACCUUUUUCAAGAUUCCGAUAUCCUCCCUCCGGUGGCGAUUGCCACACCACGUUUCCACCGCCCCUCCGGCGGUCUUGGUUCUGAAUUAUACUCCUACAACCACUGCUACUGAAAACUAGUUAAAGUCAACGAAGUUAGAGAAUGGAAAACAACAAGUACUUGAAGUUGCUUCUGCAACAAAAGAAACAGAAAUGGUUGUUACUGUUAAUAUUAUCUUCAACCAUCUUGCUUCUUACUACCAUAGCAUCACUCUCAUCUUCCCCUCAAUUGCUAUACAAAUUACAUGGCAACAAAUACCAUUUCCAGCAGGUUCCACGCUUUGUGGAACCUAAAUUGGAAAACUCACCUUCUUCUCCCGUACAUACAAUACCCCGCCUUGCAUACUUAAUUUCAGGUUCUGCCGGAGAUGGAGUGAGCCUGAAACGGGCUUUAAAAGCACUCUACCAUCCGAGGAAUCAGUAUGCUGUGCAUUUGGACUUGGAGGCCACCGCGGAGGAGAGGUUGGAGCUGGCGAGAUGGGUGAGUGAGGAGAAGGUUUUCGAGGAGGUGGGAAAUGUGAGGUUGGUUGUGAGAUCCAAUUUGGUAACUUAUAGAGGUCCUACCAUGGUUAGCAAUACGCUUCAUGCUGCCGCAAUUUUGCUCAAGGAUAUUGAUGAUGGGGAAUCUUGGGAUUGGUUUAUCAAUCUGAGCGCUUCUGAUUAUCCUUUGAUGACUCAAGAUGAUAUUCUUUAUACACUGUUUGAUAUUCCAAGAUACCUUAACUUCAUCGAGCAUACCAGUGACAUUGGAUGGAAGAAAGAUCAAAGAGCCAAGCCUGUCAUAAUAGACCCAGGGCUAUAUAGCCAGCAAAAAUCAGAGGUUUUUUGGAUCUCAGAGAAAAGGAGGUUGCCAACAGCAUAUAAUUUGUUUACUGGUUCUGCUUGGAUGAUGCUCUCUCGACCUUUUGUGGAGUACUGCCUGUGGGGCUGGGACAACCUCCCAAGGAUAGCCCUCAUGUACUAUGCAAACUUUCUCUCUUCACCUGAGGGUUAUUUCCACACUGUAAUUUGCAAUGCUGAUGAGUUCCGAAACACUACAGUUAACCAUGACCUUCAUUUCAUAUCUUGGGACAACCCUCCUAAGCAACACCCUCAUUUUCUCACAGUAGAUGAUUAUGAGAGCAUGGUUGAGAGCAAUGUUCCCUUUGCAAGGAAAUUCGGCAAGGACGACCCAGUUCUUGACAAGAUUGAUUCUAACCUUCUGGGACGCAGAGCCGAUGGGUUUGUGCCUGGUGGAUGGUUAACUGAUGAAGGAAACGCAAGAACAGUUCUCCCUCGUAUUAAUUUAAAGAACACCACUGAGCUUAAGCCUGGCCCUGGUAGUCAGAGGCUCAAGCGUCUGAUGAGCAGUCUAUUGUUAGCGGAUGAUUUUAACUCGACACACUGCAAAAUGAUGCCUGCUGUUUCGAAGAUGAAAUAGUUUCGAAGGCUUUCUGCCCUUGCAUAGUUUAUGAUGAUUCCUCUGUUCGAUGAGAAAUUGCCUGGAGAUUGCUAAUACACCAAAUAAGCAGGCUAUAUGAGAGGAGUGUGAACUCUCUCUCUCUCUCUCUCUCUUGAAACAAGAAAGAGAACCACGCAUAUUUAGAAGAUUUAUUUACAAU